AUGGUAAGCUGACGCUGGAGUUCCCAAUGGGCGACAAAACUAAGCUUCCCAAAUCACAUGUCAGGGAAGACAGGUUAUACUAGACAAGCUUUACUGUUGUGAAAGAUCGUACAGGAGGCACAGCAAGCAGCUUCCACAAGCCGUCUCUUCGGACGUGGAGUUUAUCAGUGUCCGCCGUUGAGGUUCUCUGUCUGCCCCGCGUGUGUGUGCGGGUUUGCCUUGUCUGAGUUGUGUUCGCGUGUAGUCAAUCAGAGAAGGAGCAGCGCUGAUGAAUGACGACGGAAUAGUGUGCUCAUGUAUGAAGUUGCUAUCGGAGGUCAAGGCUUCUUGCAGUCCUUCGCACGUCGCUUUGAUGGCUUAACUCGUUAUCUUUGGAAUUCGCGCCGUCCAAUCAGAGGACCAUCUCAAGGAAGUGGGUGGUUACUUGGGACAUUGGGCCAGCAUUGCGUUUUUGUUCCUGUUUUCAUGAUUUCGGGCUUCAUAUAGCCUGACCUGUGUGAAUGCCCGGGCUAUUAUGCCAUAAAACCCGACUAACGAAUCUAGCUUCCUCAUGGACACCUGCUAACUAUUUCGUGCGACAAAGUUCGGUAGGUGGACGGUGGUGCACAACGUUUUAGAAGUCAAAGCAGUAAAAUAAUGUAAAUAUGCGAAGAAGGCAAUUAAAUGAAGGUGGCGUGCGAACACGACCUUAUUCGUCAGGUCAUAAAAAUAAUCAAAAGUAACUUGAGGACGCAAAACUGAGAUUCACUCUUAUAGGUUCGUCGUAUGCAAAUAAACGGACCAGAAUCUGACCACCGUCUUACACAUCAAAACUCAUAACUGACUGGCUGGCUUCUAGAAUCCGCCCUCGAAUAUAAAUGCUGCUUACGAGGGUUAGAAAUACAAAUUGGCACGUAACCUAAUACCAGAUCAAGCAAUAAAUGCUAGGAUGAUGGCUUUCAACUGAGAAUCGUUCCAUAAACCCGCCCUAGGCACGCAGCAAAAAGCAACCAUUGAUUGGAUUGUGUGCAGUUUUAUGCUGCUCUCCAUGUCUGCUUAAAUUCAGUGCUAGACCUCGCGAAAAGGUGACCAGAAGUCUCAUUUCUUGUGCGUAUAUUGUGGCUGAUUACGACAUUUUCCAAUGUGGUACCUGAAAGAAUCGUGGCAAAUGGACUACUUUGUCGGUGCAUCGCGAAUCGACCACAGAGCAGCAUUCGUCAUCAAGCUCAUGCCCCCAAUCAACUUUGAGGACCUAACUUAACGGCAAUGGUCGCUCAGCCAAUCAGAAUGCACACAAACAACAGCACGCAGACAAUGGUAACGGGCAGCGAAACGUAAUGCAAUUAAGUAUUGACCCGAGACAACUCAGUUACUUGGGUUGAGUUGGCAAUAUGUGAGUCACCCAACUGUUGAUCCCCUGAUCAUUGUUAGCAAAAGGGGUGUGCAACGAGAUCAACUUGUCGUUAAUUGUUCUAAAUAUUAUGAUUACCGUAAAGAGCUAAGGCACAUGGAGUUAUUGGUGGCGCGCCUGGUUUCAAAUGCGAAGGGUAGCGGGUAAAUCGCGGUGGGACAUUGGCGAGUCUACUAGGAACAUGAGUCAAGCAUAUUGUUACCCUGUCACAACACUAGCUGACGGAGUGCAUGGGUUUGGAUAUGAAGGCCGCCCCGUUAUCGAUACACGUUUUAACGAUGUGUGCGAUCAACAACCUAUUUACUGAGCAAGCAUUCGUCGAAUGUCCAAAUGUACAGGCGCAUGCACACAGGAGUGCUUGGUGUGUGCAUCCAGCCCGUGUGUUAGACUCGUGGGACACCCUAUUCAUCCAGUUCGACAGCCCAGAAGAGUUCACUGAAUAUUCAUUUCAUGCAGACAUUGUGUCUGAAGCUACAUAUUCGAUAGUUUUUGUACGCGAAAAGCAUAACCUGUUCUCGAAGAAAUGUGCAAUUAUGAGACCUUUUGGGACGCCCGAGGAUGAGCUACGUAUCAUAACUUACGCAAGUUUACUAGUGCGGCGUACGAAUUGCAAAACUUACUUCAUAUCCACUGUAGUACUUCAUGAGAAAUUGAUGACCUUUUCCUAUGGGCUCGAGGAUAUAUACGAUGAAAGUGCAUAUCACACAGUACGCAAACGGGGGUUGUGUUUAAAAGCAUAGAGAAAUUUGUCAGUUUUCUUGAACGAGGAAAAUCCUUAUUUUAAGUCAAAAAUAUUAUGCUGAUGUAGGAUAUCGGAAACAUUCCAAUUCAUUUGUUCUGGGGGGUAAAGAGAAGUAUAAAAAGUCGACGGAAAACACGUAUUUUUCAAGGAAAUGUUUGUUUCUCCUAGUGUAACUCACGAAGGUGAUUGGAAAGUGAUCAAACCAAGUUCUAUUUUGCAGAAAAUAAAUUGCCUUACAGUCAUGUCCCAUGCUCAUCACUAUUGCAGCCUCAGUAACAAAAAGUUUCUAUUUAAAGACGUGUCUAAAAAUGUUAAAUUCACGUUUCAGAAGUGUCGGCACGUCUUUUUUCCCUGUCGAACAACUGGGCAACUAGCUAAUGGGUGUCCUCUAGAGACCAAAAAUCGCCGCUUAUUUGAUUAUUUCGACAGGCACUUUGUUGGCACCACAUAUGGUCUUGGGGAAUCCUGGUUGACGAUUAAGCAAAAAAGACCGACUUUGCAUCACCACAGCAAACAGGGACUGCAGACAGGGAACUCCCACGUAUGACAAAGGAGAGGAAUGGCAUACUGGCGUAACCUCUGCAAACCAAGACAUUCAUGCUGCAAUGUACCCAUAACCGCCCUGAAUCCAAAAGCUACGUCAGGAAGAGAAGCUUUAGUGCCACAGUUAGCUUGUGAAUACCAGUAUGUCAGUUGUCUAUCGCGCCACCUUCUAAGUUCGACUACAUUGCAUUAACCGUCAUUAGAUGUGCCAAUACAUAGAGACCGACUGAAGACUUACCAAACUACAAAUACUUCGUCUCUUUAUCGUUCAGAAGGACUUUUUAGAAGCACCCAAUUGAACUCGCGCUUAAAUAAAUAAAUAAACAUGCCAGUCGAUGUGUAAACCCAAUUCCGAUUAAAGGCUGAGACCGUAACACUUUUUUGUAGGAAAUUAACUUGACCAUCGAGUGACUGCUAGUCCACAUCCUUUGCGCGAAAUCAAGCAGCCGAAAGUCGGCCUCAUCCGAUUCAUGUGCGGACCCUAAAUGAUCAGAAAAUGAAGUGGGCUACGACCGGCUGACAUUUAUUGGUUUCGCAGUAAAAUUCAUUCUUAUGUCGCUCUUGCAACGAUGGCAAUGCAUGAAGAUUUACUGCAGAGAUAGAAGAAGUGAGGGAACCUUCAUUCUAAGCCAUCUGCAAGAAGUGAUGCUUAUUUAACUUACGUCAACAUUUACUAAGGCCUUACUGAACCACAUGUGCGGAUACUGGGUACAGCGCUUUCAGAAAUAUUAAACAAAUCGCUUGAUACCAAGUGCACAAAGUUCCUUGGAUGUCCUCGCUGAAGUAGCACGCGCACUUGCAACCUGAUCAGCAAAACGCGCCAUUUUAAGUCUGCCUACUCCCACUCAAUUUCUGUUAUCCGACGCAGCAGAGCUCGCUGGGUAGAUAACUUCAAGGUCACUCAAACAAACUUAAUGCAUUUUCUCUGACUGCAGGGCAAAGCGGCGGCUCUGACAGAGGGUGGGUAAGUCAACCUUGCAAUUAUGCAGUGGAUGCAACAGUUGUUGCUGUUUCUCUUUAUGCGGAGUGAUAUUCUGAAGGCUUGCUCGAUAUUUGUCUACGGCUGGUGAUGGAGGUAUCUGGGAUCGAAGCUCAGAGUCUCGAUCACGCACCACAUCUUUUAGAGCUUCGCGGACUUUUUCGUACUUCAUGCAUUUUGAAAGUGUUCUGCUUUCAUAGUUUUCAUGUACAUUCGGUGCUCAGAUGCACUUUGGACAAACAACAUUUAAUAAACCGCACGCAAACUUCUAGACGUCAUUCGCGUUUCCGAAGUGUAGUCCCAAAAGGCGCUUCAAAGCCAUAGGGGGCAGUUUGGGGAAGGUGCCAGUUAUACCAGACUGCAGCUUUAGGAGUCGGGACGGGAAAUAAAGCUAAAUAAGGUCCGUUAUUUCAAGGCGUUUGCUUUCGGUCAUUCCUUACUUCUACUCUGUCAUUGGGCAUUUUAACAAACAACCUUGUUUACCUCACAAAGACAUGUAAACGGUCUGCAUAAUGCAAGCCAGGAAACAAAAAGCUUUGGAAAUUUCUGGUAUAUCUUUAAUACAGUUGCACGAUAAAUUUGAAUGACAGAUGCAGUGGUACUAUAGCUCUGGCUUUCAGAUUAUAAUUUGUUCAUCAACAGGGCGUGGCGUCAUUUUGCUAAAGCGGGUUAUACUAUCCCUUAUAUCAUCGUUUUUCACUUCAUACAAAGUCGGCUAUUUUUUUAGCAAAAGUUGGAUUGACAACUAUUUUAUUACUUGCGUUUAACAUUUUUCUUGAAAACUUAUAAUCUUCAGUCCUAAGAUUACUGCAUAUUUUACUGGUAGCUAUAAGACUGUCUGUGAGGGCUCUUGAUUGAACCCUAGGGACGCAAAGGGACAAGUACGUCCAGCAAUCUGAUUGUUGAACGCCUUCCCCAGCAUAAAACUGAGUGUUUUUUUUAAAAAAACUGUUGCUCCAAGGAAGGUGCAUGUGAAGAUUGACGUAGUUUUGCUGAAUUUAAUGUGCAUGCGUUUGUACAGGGAAUGGCGGCAAGUAUUCGAGGUCCGAAUAAUUUUCUAAAAUCGGAAUAAAGUAAAGAAGGCAAAGAAGAACACGAAGAUCAUUUUGAGCCCAAAUGGCGCAUUUGCCCGAAGUAUAAAACAUAAGCUUAAAAUUGUUCUUAAGCCCUCAAGUAGGAAAUAUGGUGUCGGUGAAGAUGCAAUACACCAAGCCACUUCAAACGUGGCUGUUUGCUGGCCUCCGAUGGACAAGCGGUCUAACCACUUCUGUCAGUCUCUGAUGUAACUGCAAUACUCUUUUUCACAAAAACUAGUACAGGCGCCCCGAAAACCAUCAUACUAAAAUUGUGACAAAUUCCUGUACUAAGUAACAAGUUAGAAAAUACCAAAUUUCUAACAUACUAUUUCGGGAAGUAAAGAAAAAGAAAUACGCUUUAUUUUGGAAGUAUGAUUCCAACUCUUUUUUUAGCAAAAACCUCCGCCAUUCACCGUGACUGAAAACAAAUAAAUAAAUGACGAUAGAGUCAGUGGGUUUACAUAAAAGCGUGCAGCCACUAUUUCGGUCUUGUACACGUAAGUUAUCGUGUCAGAAACGGUAAUACGAGACGUUGGUAUGCCAAUGUAUGACAAGACAUGUACCGGAAACCACGGCGCAUGGAGUGGAACGACUUCGCAGCAAUUAAUUCAGACUGGAGCAGCAAACCGUUUGAUCGUUGUGAUAUGUCGUUGUACUAUGAUAUCGACUAAAAGGGCGCAAGAAACAGAGGCAGCGGAAGAGAGCAUUCGAGGAACGUGUAUUAAAAUUAGCAUAACUCUUCCAUACAUAGUAGAAGAAUGACAGGAAUGAAAUACAGAAUUUAACGAAGAAUGCAGACAUCUUUCAAAAGCCAGAAUAAGAACUGGCAGGUGUAGGGGAACUUAGACGUCAAGUGUAAUAAACACGUUUAGAACUUUUAUUAAAAAUGAUUUGUAUGGGGCAUUAAGAUUCGAGGUUUUUUGGGUAUGGUUAAUGUGAGUGGCUUGAAAGUGCCUCAACCCAUUUUGAAUCCCGACGUAUACUAACCAAUGCCGUAAAAUGCGAUUUCAAACCAUAUUUGGAAAUUUUGGUGAAGGUUUGACGAGUUUUGUCUCGGAACAUAUACAUAUUUAUGCAAAAGAGGGAUACUGACAGUGGUAAAGGAGACCAAGAUGGUCAUUUCUGGCUCAUUGGCCGCCCACAGCCAGGCUUAACCAGUCUUAGGUUUGCAGAACCUGAGACUCGAACUAGCAUUCUUUGCUCAUCGAACGUCGUUAAGUCCAACUCCCUACCAUUGGGUCAUGGGCCCGUUGUCUUGUCAGUUGCGACUGAGAAUAUUAACUAGGCUGGAAGUGCGUUAACCAAUCAGGUUACUGGACGCGUUCGUCCCUUUGUAUCCCCGAGCUCAACCCAGAGUCUUCGCAGGUUUGAGCUGCGAUGUUUUAUCGCAGAUUUUCACGGGGGUGCACAUGACCGAGUACGCUCAUGCGGUGACUGAAUGUGUGUGAGUAGCGUAGGUAGUUGAGACAGGAGCUCCUGGCACUGGUUCGCCAGCCUCAGGGUGAUGAACCUACAUGCGACUGUCCGGGCCGAUGCCUAAUCUAAACGAGCUCUGACAAUAUAGACAGGUUACGCUGAUAGCUACUGAGCUAGUGGUGAUGAUGAUGCUGUUAGUGGAGGCAACGCUAAUGGGGAGAAAUUUUCGGAUAUGCGAGAUGGGCUUGGUCUGUCGGCAAUGGGAGGAAUUCCGCUAUCGCAUAUGCACAUAUGGCUGGAAAAACCCAUGAGCUCUCUGAAAGUCCUGGCACAUUGUGAAAAGUUGCUACGCCUAUGACUGGCUCCAGGCCCUGGUCAGCCAGUCCCAGUGCGAGGAAUUAACGAGUGAUCGACUGGGUCAAUGUGCGAUGUGAAAGUGCGAUCGCAGAAAGGACAGAUUCAGAUCGAGUCCGCAUUGCUGAUGCAGAAGCAAUGGUGGUGGCUGUGGUGAGUGGCAGGGCGUCAGGAGUGUUUUCACCGGUGGUGGUGGCCGCAUCGAUAGUACGACCGUCGAUUUCGACGAUAUCCACCGUAUGCCCCACAGCAGGGUUUGUAGUGCGAGUAGACAUGCGCUGCAUCUACCACACUCUCUCCCCCCAAUUGAGUCCGGUGUCAAGAAGACCGGAGACGGGAGAGGGCGCAGGUGGAUGGCUUGGACGGAUCCGCACCUUGGCGCUCCACCCCGCACCCCCUGGUCCACACAACAAAUGGCCAGGAUUUUGACCGACAAAACAAUGGGGAGGAGGGGGAUGGCAGUGGUCCCAGUUUGUGCGACGACUGCCGAAAACAGGGUCUGCCACCGAAUCCCCUAAAUGUUGACAUUUGUAUUGCGCAAGAUAACGCCUACCAGAAUCCGAUUUGGUCCCCGUGUUGGUCCAGCGUAUCUACCACGUGACCCAUUUGGGGGGCAAUGCCGCCAUCGAGGGGUUGUAGCAUUGACAGUGGGAGUAGUGAUGGGCGAUGGGGAAUAGGGGGCAUGCUCAACCAUGGUGGUGGUCGCGACCGUGACCAUUGUGUGGCUGGCGUAGAGGUAACGAUGGAUACGUUUUCGGAGGCGGAUGGAGAAGGUGCCGCGUUGGAAGGACGUUGGGUCCGAAGACAUCUAAGGCCGACCCAUGCACGGAAUCCCCGUUGACAUCAAGGACAUGACGGGAGCGGUCGGUUGCCGGAGUUGUUGGUUCACGACGUGCCAAACAAUUCACACAAGGGUCUCUGCUAUACUAAAUACACAAACAUACAUGAGUGUUUCGAAGGCACUAACAAUCAUCGGCGGUCCACGUUGUGUGAGGGAGGUCGUACACAUUAUGUGUGGGAUUGGGUCUCCUAUUCCAACGACCAGGGGUUUUUGCAUACCACCAACUUUUCUGAAGUCAGCAGCAAGUGUUUUUUUUCUAGGAAAAUGGCCAACAGGGGGAAGAUUGAGGAGGAUCCGCGGAAGUUCAAGGAGCUCAUCGAAAAGUUUCGGUCUAGAAUGGUCAAAGAAUGUAAACCACUGCCCAAUGAACCCGAUUUCUUCACUUCUGAGAGCACGUAAGUCGAUUUUAUCCUGACCCGUUUGUUGCACAAGUAGCCCCUGCAAUGAACUGGUGACACUAAAUGAUGUGAGAACGGCAACGAUGGUGUACGAAUAGUCAUCCUCGUAGUAACUGCAAUUAAAAGAAAUCUGGUGGGAAUGUACGGAUCAGCUAAUGGCCUAAUUUCUCAACUGGAGAUAUUUCUACUAAACAGCUUACACUUAAAUGGUAUUAACGUGAGAUUUCACUGUCUUUUCGGUAUGGUAUGCGAGUAAACAGCCUUCAGGUAAUACAGGUGGUUUGCCCGAAUUUCCAGGAAGAGUAAGCCUUCCCACGCCCAAGCCUUAGCUCUAACCCUAACCCGGGGUCAGGGUUAGAGCUAACCUUCACGGAAAUCAGCUCAAGGCCUUUGAAAUAAGGGAGUAGUAUUCCUGUGUCCUGUCGUCUUUUAGAAGGUAGCUGGCACCCUCGGAUGUUUAAGUUUAAAAGUAGUGCUUACUACAUCACUGAAAUCCGAGAUUUGCAUGCGAAAACUAGCAUACACAAGAAUGACGUAACCGCUUGACUAUAGAAGUCGAUGUAGCCUCCCCCCAUGGCUAAACAGGAAAUUAAAAAACGAGUUUCGUGGAAAUAUGAAAUAAUUCAAAUAGUCGGUGAUCUGCCAGAAAUUGUCACCCCCUCAGUUAACUUGGGAUGCAAGCACUAUGUAAACCUACCCGUUGUGUGACGUGCAAAUUGCCUUUGUACGGAUGGUAAAGAUAAUAAAUAAUAACAAUUUCUUAAAAGUGGACCUCUUAACAUCUUUCUUAAUUUCUGUCACCAUACACGGCACUAUGGGUGAAAAACAGAGCGGUGUCAUUCACGUUAGUGUUAGAGGUGUCUUAAGGUAAAAUUGCUGACAUUCCCCUUACUCCCCCCGCCGCCUGGUAGAACGUAACCUCUUGUACGCGAGCAAGGUGCUCGGUCAAUGUAACGAGCGUUCGUUGCCUCGUUAAGUACAACUGUAUACCCUUUUGCUGGCGUUCGGAUAAGUACUACACCAUUCCCCGUUCCCACACUUGACCUCGUGACUGACCAUCUGGCCUCUACGGAGAUCGCCCCAUCAAACACUCCCGCAGCUUAUGUCUUUUAUUUUCAUUCGGUUUGAGCAAAUUUAAAAUGCGGCAGAUACUCAAAUCUGAUGUGACUGAGCAGAACUAGGUCCUCCGAAAUACUGUCAGAUAAACUGCGUGACUGCACAAUUUCGCACAUCUGGAGACUUUGACCCUUAACUUGCGUGAAAACACUGAUAAGCCGUCUGUCAGAGGCAGGUUUGCACAAGUCAGCGACCACAGACUGUUGCAGACGCUUGAUACCGCCUGAAGAAGUGUUAAUCGACCAGGCAAGGUGUAAGUCGCGUAGCUUGCUAACGCAUAAAACGACAGCCGCUGGCAAAAUGAUAAAGUGCAAACCAGGCUGCUUAUGGAAUCUGAUUCGCUCUCAGAACGUAGCAGAACGCUCGAGAAAACUGUGAAGGUUCAGUCAACCUGAGCCUUGUUAGAGGGCUUAAUUAACCGCAAAUUCUUACUUAAACGAAACCCUGGCGCUGGUCAAGCCAGCAGGAGGUUUAAAGAUUUAGUGUUUGUACGAACUCGCCGCGGUACAUGGAAUAAUUCUAUACGAGAUUUCAAACAUUACCAUCAGGUAUCAACGUAAUUUUUCGAAGAACCAACCACUGUAGUAAAAUAUCAUGCGAAUUCUGUGAAGACCAGCCAUUUUAAGUCAAAAUCAAAUUGGUCUCGAGCGGAUACUAUCUGCCUGAAUGGUCGAUUUCACGCUUCCGCUAAAUUUGUGUAUUUCAAACGUCGGUAAUUUGUAAUUCUGUAGAAAGGCGUUUAUUUUCGCGAAAUUUCCCGAAAGACGGUUUAAAUGUCCUCCGAAUACAAGGAGCAAAAGGGAUCGCACAUUGCCCCGACAGGGUAAAGGGAGAGGUGACCAGCUAGUUUUAGUAUUGAGUAAAUUGCCCCUUAUUCGUUGAAAAGUUCCCGAGAUUUCAAACUCCUUCCUGGGCCCCUGACCAGAAACAGGAGGAAAGCAAUCGGUGUUCCUGCGAAUAGCCCCAGUGACCUUGGUGGUAGCCAACAGUCAUAAGGCUGGGCUUUGUCCAUCUGCCUGACGACGUUGAUAUUAGAUGUUAGAUAUUCAAAUUUUAGGCGGGUGGAUACCAUUUUUCCUGCGGGUCUUGCUGCUCAGGACCCAUAAAGUAUUUGUUAUCUGGGUCAUUAGUUGUAGCCUCGAGGGAGAUUGUGUGGGCUAGAAUAGUAACGAAAAACGAAUCAGAUACGACCACUCAAUCCUUCCCCACUUUUAUUGUAGCAAUUUUCAGUGUCUUUGGCGUAAUCUUUUUUUUAAGACGAUCGCUUUUUGCAGCAAGUACGUCAGAUUUGGAGAGAGUAACCAGCAUGAAAACCUGCCAGUCGAAGUAGUCAGAAUCCCAGACUUUUCUUGCCGACAACAGGAAAAGGUGAGUUUAAGGUUGCCGUUCUAAAAGAGGGAAUCUCCACCGCCAGAACACGAAUACUUCGAGGCCCUCUUCUCAGGCACAAGGGGGGAGGAAGAGAAUAACGGAUAGCCUUAUUUGCUGUCAUCGUCUGUCGGAAAGUUUUUCGUAGUCCCUAACCCCAUGUGUUCUGGAAAGCAAAAAAUAAGACACAGGUGCUGAGCUGCAACAUCAACCAGCCAAUCAGUCGCAAAAACACUUGUGCAGGGGCACUGUAUCAGCGGGUUGAGGCGUACAGGAGCAAAGCAAAAAAAACAAUGUUGUUAAAAUCAGAAUACCUUCAAUUUAUGCUCAGGGCAAAUAGCUACCUUCACAACUUGGUAGACCAGUGCAUGAAAGGACGAGGCGAAGGGACCAAACCGCACCGACUCCAAAUCUUUGCAAGUUCAUGCGUACCUCAAGGAUAUCUCGGAACCCUCAACCACCUUUUCACGAUGCUCGAAAUUGGAAUUGUACGUUGACCGAAGGCAAUAGUUGCGGGCCAGUUGAUGAGUACUUACUUAAUCGUACUUGAUACGGCUGCUAUCAUGCCUGAUCUAGCCGGUCUCAAUGAUGUCCCGAACUGUACCUCUCCACGCGUGACGAUCCGCGGCAACAGAUCUGGACAGCUCAACCCAUUCCCUUCGCCAACGACGGAUACCGAAUACCGAAGGUCCAAGAACCACCUCCAUGUCUUGACGAACUGUCUCGAGCCAGGUUUUGAACUGACCCCCUCUUCGACGCCUCCAAUGGGGCAACGGUGCCGGAUCGAGGGCAGUAACACUGAGCUCCUGAGGUGCACGACGAAGAACAUGCCCGAACCACUUCAGUCGUCUUUCUUGGAUGGCCUGAGUUAUCCUUGCGAUGUUGUCGCAGCGAGUGCGGACUGUCUCAUUUGAGACGAAGUCGGUGAACUUCACUCGAAGAAUGGUCCUCAAGCGGUGGUGGUCAAAUAAUUCCAGUUUACGCUCGUCAUCCACGCGCAAAGCCCAGCAUUCACAACCGUAGAGAAGGACAGACCGGACAGAGUCUGAAAGACCAACUGCCACAGCGGAGAACUACCCGAUGUCGUUUGCCGAACCUGCUGCAGCUGCCGGCGGAACAACUGCGCAGGCAAAAAGGAAAGACUGCACUGGCCGUGGAUGUGAGAAUGAAAGACGCCAAUUUUCGGGCUUCGACUCACUCAACAGAACCCGACCACGCCUCCAAGGCAGAAAUCCCCGAGAAGUGGCGACCGCGUGGGCCGCAAACUGCUUACUUCAUGCUUUUCCAACCCAUGGUCCUUCACAAAGCGAAAUGAUCCCCCGCCUCUCAUACUGCGUCCCAAGACUUUGACUGGGCAAGGCCAUCAGCCAUGCGGAUAGAGAGCUGGUGAACAUUGACGCCAAUGACCGUACUGCUCUGCAAAGUUGCUGAGUCAUUACAAAUCCAACCACCAGGACCGACGAGUAAAUUGUGACUAUUAACGACCCUAAUGUGGGUAUCCAAGCCAGUAUCACAUCAAGUACGAAAAUCUGCGAUGAAUGCGGGAGUCUCCUAUUUUCUUAGAUGCGUAAUCGUGUAGUAACUAUAUCUGCAACCGCUCUACAUCCGCUCUCAUUAUCUGUUGCUGGUUCUAAUUAUGGAUUCGGAAAUAAAUCUCAGACGGCAGACGAAUACACUUCAUGUUUCAAUAAUCCGUCCUUAUCUUCCUCUUGGACUUCUACGACGAUACCAACUGAGAAGUCUCUAUCGAGAAAGUUCGUUUAAGUCGAUUUUGUGGAUUCAAGGGCUGUGAUAUUCCUGGAAAGACAGAUUUAUUUGCUUUGUUAAAAUAACACAUCACCGGAAUCUUUGAUUCUGUAAGUGGAUUAAAGAAGUUUAUAAUUGAGUUUAGUACCCUAUUAGGUCCACAGGCUGUCGAAGUUCCCUUUAAUGCGUGUACUGUAGCACCGUGUCCUCUUGAUCAGAGUUUUCUUUAAUUUUUCGUUUUUUCUUCUAACGACCUCGCCGCGUUUGCCAGUUUUCUGUUAGUACAACGAACACUAAUCCAUGGGUGUUUUUUUGCCCAUAUUACUUUACGCAUACUUCAGAGAAAUAUGUAUAUUCAUUCCAGGCUGAUCGACUACCUGCGAGCACGAAAAUAUGAUCUUGAUGCGGCAGUUAAAAUGUUAACAGCAACGGUCGAAUGGCGCAGAGAAUAUAAACCACUCGAGGUGAACUGUGCCUGGUGCCACAAAUAUCCGGGCUACCACUGCAUUGUAAGUUUUUGAAUAUUAUAUUCUGGCAGUCAAUGCUACUUUACUGAUAUCGGUAAUGGGUAAAAACAAAUAUUCGAAUCUCAGUGGGUUAAUAUAGUCUACAGAAGCAAUGCUUUACAAACUGUAUUGUGCAAUACGGAUUUACCGCACUACUGUAAACGACAAUGAAAGACCUCCGGUAUUCUUCAGAAGACGAGAUUACGAGCAAAAGUUGCUUUCGAUAACUUCCCUUCAGGUCGGUACAAUUAUAUGAGCACGGGGUACAGUGAUUGAAAAAAAUCAAUAGAAGUUGGUUUUAAAAACACAGGCUAGGCAGGAGUGGAGGGGCGCAGAAAGUUGUAUGUGGUUAGUCAACCUUUGACUACUGUAAGCGCGGAGCCUGAACGAGGUUCUUCUGGGCGCAUAUGGCCGGUUUUCGUAACCUGAUGGCGGCCGCUUCUGCCGUUGUUAACAGGCGCUGGCACAGUAGCUUAGGGUAGCUCGAGGGGACCUUCUAAAUCACAGGAAAUGCUUCAAAGGGGUCCACACGAUACCCUGAAUCCACUGCAUGCGCAAGGAUGGCUCUGUAUAUUUUCCUAGUUUCACCUUUUGCCAGCCAUGCGGGGAGGUGCUCUAGUAUUCUUGUGGAAAGGCGCUGACUCGUACGACCAAUAUAACCUGCUCCCAGGAGCAAGUUAAUGAGUAUAUGCCCAUUGAGGUGGUCUGAGGUGGCAGCCUAUCAGUGCCUUCGGCGCGUAAAAUAGGGUUAAUGGAGAAUGAUAUGCGAAUCCUUGCUGCUUGGAAGAUUCUCGAGACAGCUUGAUCAAGGUGUCUUCUUAGGAGUUCACUCGCAGCGUCUCCUUGGAAACGAACUUUGAGGAACAAAGUUUUCUUUUCAACGGUUAGUGUGCUGGAUUUUGUGGGCCGUUCGGCAAUGUUCUUUGCAAUGAACUUGCCAGGAUACUCGUUUUCGCGAAGCAAGUGACGCUUGAUAAAACAUCACUUGAAGCAUUGUCCCUUGGUCCUAAGUUUUGAGUACCUCGUCGAAAAGUUAGUCAGUUAAAAUUGGAAACUCACUUCGAAAACCUCUGGAACCAAACCUACGAUCUAUUGCGCGCUUCCACAGAUAUCAUCCAACACUUUAAAUCAACACCAGCGAAUUGCAGCUAUCAAUACCUAAACAAGGGACCGAUUCCAUCUCCAGCGUGAAUUUGAUCUGCGGGUAUGCCCGAUUUGCAGCAUUUAAGAGAGCAGCAACUUCGGUUUCUGCGGCGGCAAUCGCAAAGAUAUCAUCAGCGUAGCGACCGUAAUGUUUAAGCUUGUCGAUCUGAUCGCUUAGUUGAAAUCUCUCCAGCUUGCCCAUGAGGACGUCGGCUAUGAGAGGUCCAAGAGGCGAGCCCAUAGCAACGCCGUCUAUUUGUCUAUGGAGUUGGUUGUCAAAUAGGAACUGCACAGUUAAUGUGCAUCUUAGUAAUAGUUCCUUCCGUGUGUUCGUCGACAUUCUAAUUUCUUGCUGACUGGCGGAUAGGAAAUCACAGAUGUAAUCAAAAGUCUCGGUGAGCGGGACGUCUGUAAAAAGUGGUGCAACGUCUAGUGAGAACAUCAUCAUGCCGUUAAUGUUGAGAGCUUUAAUGUCGUCAAUGAAUUGAAAGGUAUCUCGAUAGCUGCGUGGUGUUGGCUGAUGCUCUGUGGGCUUGAGUUCCUCUGCUAAGCACUUCGUUAUCGCAUGAUAGGGAGAAUUUCGCAUAUCUAGAAUCGGACGAACUGUUAGGCCUUCCUUAUGGAUCUUAGGCAAGCCAUGUAGUCGAGGGAUAGGUGUGCCGACUGGCCAGAGGUGUUCGAGGUCACGGUCACUUAUGGAACGUCAUGUGUGGAGUCUUCUUAAACAGUCAGUCAAUUUCGUUUCUGCGUCAUCCGUGUAAUCGUGUUCUUUGUCUACUUUUCCAAAUUUCCUCUGGUCAGAUACUAUGGACUGUAUCUUCGCUGCGUGGUCCGAUCUGUUCAUUAUAACGAUGCCUGUACCUUUGUCAGGUGUAGUUACUAAUAUCUCUUUGGUAUCCCGAAGUUCUUUUGAUUUUUCCACGUGUGCUUUUGCCAGCAAACCUCGAAUUUCUGGCCCUUUGUUUAGGUAUUGAUAGCUGCAACUCACUAGUGUUGAUUUAACGUGUUGGAUACUAUCUGUGGAAGCGCGCAAUAGAUCGUAGGUUUGGUUCCAGAGGUCCUCGAAGUGAGCUUCCAAUUUUAAAUGACUAACUUUUCGACGAGGUAUUCAAAACUGAAGACCAAGGGAUAAUGCUUCAAGUGAUGUUUUAUCAAGCGUCACUUGCUUCGUGAAAACGAGUAUCCUGGCAAGUUCAUUGCAAAGAACAUUGCCGAACGACCCGCAGAGCCCAUCACACUAACCGCUGAAAAGAAAACUUUGUUCCUCAAAGUUCGUUUCCAAGGAGACGCUGCGAGUGAACUCCUAAGAAGACACCUUGAUCAAGCUGUCUCGAGACCUCCCCAACAGCAAGAGUUCGCAUAUAAUUCUCGACUGACCUCUGGUAUUUCUGCUAAGGUAUGCAGACCCUACGGAACUCGAUAAAACGGUUGUGAUGACAUUUGUGUCGUUUUAGAGCAGCAAUUAGCAAAGACCCCUGAUACGAUAGUUUGGCGAUACACACAAGGUGGGGACAUCAGGGUAAUGGGCGAGAAGAGGUGCAAUCGGCCGCUGGAGCAAGAGUUUUAGUGUGCUGAUGUGUUUACUUCACACUUGAACCAACCAUCAGCGGCAAAAUUAAGGAGAUUGAAUGAGACUCAGGGGCCAUUUGCUAUAGCGCUGGGCCAUUCUUUGGCAGACAGCGCUUGGAUAAUCGUAAUUGCACACGUUUUUAAUUGGUGCAACAUUUGCUUGUUCAGCCAUGUCCCAGUAUGUACAUUAGGCGGCGCACCUAAAAAAAUCACCAGAAGUCUGAAAUAUGCUUUUUAGCAGAAAGCAUUACUCAUGUGGGUUUGUAAUAAUUAUUAUCGUGUGACAUAUUUCAGUCACGCCAGGAUGUAGAAUUUCUGAUGCGAUUUUUUCGGACGUUUGUUAUUAACUAUGCCCCGUAAAAGGAACAUUUAAGUAUUAUUAAUUUUCGCAUUGAUUUCCCUUCUUUUUCACCAACGAUUAUAAAUGGCACAAUAAGCAGUUGACGACUUCGUUUCUUUGCAUCCUCUGUUGGAAUUGUGUUCAUCCGAAUGUAGGAAGUUUUAACUAGUGUCUCCAAGAAUCAGAUAUUUCAGAAUAUACCGUGGACUUAACGUAUUCCCAGAGGAAGCAUUAGAACUGAAAUUUAUUUUAAAUAAUAAUUAUCAACCAUCUAAGGUAGUAUAAAAUACAAUCGAAUUAUUUGGUAAAAUAUACUAUUGUUGUUUUUCAGAGACAAAUUGGCCAUGACAAAACCGGUAGACCAGUUUUGUACGCCUGCUUUUCGCAGGCCACUACAGACAAAAAUACCGGUGAAGACACCGUCGCUCACUGUGUCCAGAUGCUCGAAAACUCUAAGAAGACCUUUAAGCAAUCGGCUACCACCUGGGUCUUCGUUUUCGAUUGCACCGGUUAGUGCAAAAAAUAUUUUCCAUAAAAAGUCAAAGAAUGUUCAUUUGAAAUACAUUUUUAAUAUUGACAGUAGGUGGGCUAACUCAUGAAACGUCAACGGAAAUCCCGAAAUGCGUUUUCGUUUAGAGAAGAUUAAUUAGGUAGGGCUGUAAGACUAAUCAUCGUGAAGCAUAAUUCUAUAAUAAUUCAGUUACCUCAGGAUGCCGGCUCUCGAACGAACUUCCUUCAAGCUGCAUGCAAACACUGUACUCUGUAAAAAUGGCUACUUAUGUAGCAUGCAUUUUUCCCACUGAUUUUUGAUGUUCUCAAAAACUGAAUUAUAUUUCAUGGAAAACAUGCGUAGAAAUAUUCAUCCUUUUGCUCAUUCGGUAAAAAAUUACGUCUUCUUCCAAGUUUCUGUUCGAAGGAAGGGUAUAAUUCGGUUUCCAAAAACCUUUCCAAAUCCCGAAUAAUUUUGAACCCGACCUGCCGUUACACUUGCAUUCCGGGUUUCCAAAUUACAAGCCACAUAUUUUCCUCGUACGGAAAACCAUGCAUUCCCCUACGGUAUUGAGAGAAGACCAUAUGCGGCUCAUAAAAUUUAGCAGUGAAUUUGAGCCAUAUUGUUAACUUUACAGGCCACAUUGGUAAAUGCAGAGACGUGAAUGUUAUGAAGGGCCAUUUCACGGUAUUAAAAAAUCUCACAAUUAGAAACUUUUUUAAAACCGAACUUUUCCCUUCGUUCGAGCAUAAAAUUGGAAUAAGACGUCAUUUUCUACCAAAAGAGCAAAAGAAUGGAUGUUUUUACGCGUGUCGUCUAUGAAAUGUAAUUGAAUUUUUAAGGGCAUAAAAAUCAAUGGGAAAAAUGCAUGCUACAUAAGUAGCCCUUUGUUACAGAGUAUAGUUUUUGCAUGCAGCUGGAAAGCAGUUCGCUCGAGAGCCAGCAUCCUUAGGUAAGUGAAUUAGUAUAUAAUUAUGCCGUACGAUGAGUAGUCUUACAACCCUACCUAAUUAAUCUUUUCUAAACGAAAGCGCAUUCCGGAAUUUCGGUUGACAUUUCAUGCGUUAGCCCACAUAAUGUAUAUAUUAGACCGCAUUUCUUGUCAGAAGUAGGGCGUUGUAGAAUUUCGUUUUUAGAAGAAAGGCUAAGUCCUAGGAGAUAGCACUGAGUAGGACAGCAACAGUGCUCAUCUAGUCUACGAAACAGGAUUACACGGGCUGUAAACACAGCAGAAAGUAAGAGCUCACUAAUCAGACCUGCUUGUCAUCUAUAUUAAGUAAAAUUCUCUUUUUUCAAAAUUACGCAAAGAAAAUCACUAAGAGGGCAUGGGAUGCCUGCGCACCUUCCAUUAUCCGCCGAUCUCGCCAUAUAAGAGAAGCAAAGUCACACUAAGAGAGGGCAUUUUCAUCUGCGAGAUCAGAAAAUGACGCCCAUUCGUACUUUUAAUACCAUGUAUCACUAUUUCGAUGCCAUUAUUAGGCCAACAGAAGGAUCGCAUACAUAAAUGAAACGUGAUAUAACCCGUACUUCUAAAAAGUAGCAACUAAAUUCUCAAAUCAGGCACUUCGACCCCGCCAGCUUCAUAAAUAUUCUCAUAUUUCAGUCGAAAAAGUGAUUGCCACUUAAUAGAAAAGUCCGAGUUUUACACAGUUGGGUCAGUAUGAAUUGUUCAAAAUUGCCAAACCGUCUAUGAAUUACGUGAGCCUGGUAGGCAUCUGGCGGAUUCUAGCUGAAUUACUUAGGAAAUCUUGCUUGAACAGUCAACUUACUGCAUCCGAUUUGGUGGAUUCUAGACGUUGCAGUAGGUUAGGCGGGUAACUUGACCCAAAUGUGAUUAAACUCGAGUCGUCCGGCGCGGCCUCGUAGCUCAGGUAGUUAGAACGUUGGCUGCACUAAAGUCUUUCUCUUACUGUGGUGGGUUCGAAUCCCACCGAAGCGCAGAGUUUUUCGCAGUUGGGUCAAUAUGAUUAAAAGAAAAGUGUAUAAUAAUAUUCAAGUAUCGCUUUCAGAAAAACAUCUCAAGAAAGAGAGGUUUGUUUGCCUGACUGAAUAUCCUAAAUUUCAGUUCAUCUUAUUUAAGACGUAAUAAAAACAUGAACAAUUUUUUCUUAACACAGGAAUGACGCUUCCCUGCUGCAAUCCAAAGUUGGGCAAGCAAGUGAUGCAUGUGUUUGGAAACUACUACCCCGAACGUCUGGGUCAAGCUAUCAUUGUUAACCACAAGAAAGUUUUCAACAGCAUCUGGAAAGCAAUCCGUAAGUUUCUUGAUCCCGUCACGGCCGACAAGAUGGUAUUCCUGGAUAAAAAGGAUAUCUCCACCGGCCUCAGGGAGCGCUUUGACGAGGAUACUGCCAAGUGGGUGGAGAUGGAAAUCGAACUCAACCGAGAAAUCACUGACGAUCAGAGGCGGUUCUGGGAGAAGCCGGAACACGGUCUCCACGAUCCUAGGGGCAGUCCGGCCUAUGUGCGAGAGUACCUCGAUGUCUAUACAUCCACCAGUGACUAUCAACCACAUCCCAACAUUGUAGACCUGCAGACUGGAAAGCUGAAGCGGAACCUUGCCAUCGAAAGAGCGCCCCGUCAUCCAGAGAAAUUUGAUCCGGAGGAAUUAAAGAAAUACGGCAUUGAAGACACGCAGUCAACUAAUGGCGAUACAGACAUUUUUUAA